CCGUCCCCUUUAAUAAACUUAUCAAGUAGUAUAUACAGCUAAUACGAGUCCCAAAUCCAACGCAAACAACUCAGUUAGCUAGCUUCUCUACAAUCAAAAGAUUUAGCAAGAAAGUGAGAAUGACAAAAACAGAGCUUGUGCUAAUCCCAUCCCCUGCAACAGGCCACUUAGUCUCAACCAUUGAAUUUGCCAAGCUCAUUAUCAAACAUGAUCAACGUAUAUCAAUUCUAGUCAUCAUCUUUCACAUGCCAAUCCAUAGUUCCACCAACGUCGAUGCUUAUAUCGAGUCUCAGUCCCAUAAAAUUGAUUCCAACCGCAUUACCUUCCUCACUCUGCCGCCCCUCUCCAACCCACCCGAUCCCGCUUCGAGCAACUUCUUUUACGACAUUGUCGACCUCCAUAAGCCUCUCAUCAAGCAUUCCCUCGUCAGUCGCUCGACAAAACCUGCUGCCUUUGUACUUGAUCUCGUGUGUGUCAACUUGAUUGACAUAGCCAAAGAAUUUGAAGCAUCUUCUUACAUUUACUUCACUUCUGGGACAUCCCUCUUGAAUGUCAUGUUCCAUCUCCAAAAACUCCUUGAUGACAAGGGGUUUAAUGUUGCUACCGAGUUUUGUAACUCGGGAGAUGCCGAGUUAGAUAUACCCGGGUUUAGGAAUCGUGUGCCUGCUAAAGUAUUGCCGUUGUUGCUUUUCGAUAAGGGUAGUGGACGUUCCGGGUUACUUCAUCAUUUCGCAAGGAGGUUUCGAGAAACCAAAGGAAUUCUAGUCAAUACUUUCAUGGAGUUAGAACCUUCUAUUAUUCAGAGUUUGCAUAAUGACAUUCCAACUAUAUACCCCGUGGGACCUGUUCUAGCUCUCGAUGAACACAUUCGAAGUGGUACUAGAGAAGAGGAUCGAGACUCGAUUAUUCGAUGGUUGGAUGAUCAACCUUCCUCCUCGGUGGUGUACCUAUGCUUCGGGAGCAUGGGAAGCUUCGAUGAGGAGCAAGUGAAGGAGAUUGCCAAUGGGUUAGAUCGUUGCGGCCACCGAUUCUUGUGGUGCCUACGAAGGCCAUCAUCUGAGAACAAGUAUGUUCUUCCUAGUGAGGAUGGGACUUUUAAGGAUGCCCUACCUCCAGGUUUUUUAGACCGGACGGCUCCUAGAGGCAAAAUAAUUGGGUGGGCGCCACAAGCUCGGGUACUCGACCAUCGAGCUGUUGGUGGAUUUCUGUCGCAUUGUGGGUGGAACUCGAUAGUAGAAAGCAUAUGGUUUGGAGUACCAAUUGGCACAUGGCCGAUGCACUCAGAGCAACAACUAAAUGCCUUUCAACUAUUAAAGGAACUCGAACUAGCAGUGGAGAUUAGGAUGGAUUAUCAAAGGAACUUAAUGGAGCAAGAUGCAAAUUUUAGGGUAACAGCUGAAGAGGUGGAAAAUGGUGUUAAAAAAUUAAUGAGUAUAGAUGAGACAAUGAGAGGUAAAUUACAAGAGAUGAAGAACAUAAGUAGGAAGGUUUUGAAAUAUGGUGGAUCUUCUCAUAAUUCGCUGACUAAUUUUAUCAGCCAAGUUUCAUCAUGUGAUUUGUGAAGUGUUAACUAUUGAUUGAAUUUGGCACUAAUGUUCAAGUGUAAUUUAGUCCAAUUUUAUUGCAUCAUCUAGUGUAUGUAUCACUUAAUAAUACGAGUCCUAUUGAUUUA